AUGGCGGUGGGGGUGUGGGUGGGGCCGAGCCUCCUGGGAGGAGAGAUGGGCAGUCCUGGGGCAGUGUCACCCACUAAGCCUGGAUAUUACCAGCACUACAACAACAACCCUCGCCGGAGACCACUGCACAGUGACAACAUGGGUGAGCUCAGACCCCGACCCUCACACCACUCCACCAGGCUCUCAGACCCCGACCCUCACACCACUCCGUCAGGCUCUCAGCUCCCGACCCUCACACCACUCCACCAGGCUCUCAGACCCGACCCUCACACCACUCCACCAGGCUCUCAGCUCCCGACCCUCACACCACUCCACCAGGCUCUCAGACCCCGACCCUCACACCACUCCACCAGGCUCUCAGACCCGACCCUCACAUCACUCCGUCAGGCUCUCAGCUCCCGACCCUCACACCACUCCACCAGGCUCUCAGCUCCCGACCCUCACACCACUCCACUAGGCUCUCAGCUCCCGACCCUCACACCACUCCACCAGGCUCUCAGACCCCGACCCUCACACCACUCCACCAGGCUCUCAGCUCCCGACCCUCACACCACUCCACCAGGCUCUCAGCUCCCGACCCUCACACCACUCCACCAGGCUCUCAGCUCCCGACCAUCACACCACUCCACCAGGCUCUCAGCUCCCGACCCUCACACCACUCCACCAGGCUCUCAGCUCCCGACCCUCACACCACUCCACCAGGCUCUCAGCUCCCGACCCUCACACCACUCCACCAGAGGUUCAGACAAAGAAAGUUCGGAGAGUUCCCCCGGUUUGCCUUCCUCAAGAACCAGCCCUACCCAUCCCAGCCCCCAGCCCAGCCAUCAGCCCAGCCCCCAGUCCAGCCAUCAGCCCCCAGCUCAGCCCCCAGCCCAGCCAUCAGCCCAGCCCCCAGUCCAGCCAUCAGCCCCCAGCUCAGCCCCCAGCCCAGCCAUCAGCCCAGCCCCCAGUCCAGCCAUCAGCCCCCAGCUCAGCCCCCAGCCCAGCCAUCAGCCCAGCCCCCCUCUCAUCCAUAAGUCCUGCCCUCUGCUCUGCUCAGCUCCCAGUCCAAUCCUCAGCUCAGGCCCCAGCCUAACCCAACCCAGCCCAGCCCAACCCAGCCCAACUCCCAGCCCAACUCCCAGCCCAGCCCCCAUCCCCCAGCCCAGCCCAGCCCAGCCCCCACCUAACCCAGCCCAACUCCCAUCCCAGCCCCCAACCUCCAACCCCCAGCCCAGCCCAACUCCCAGCCCCCCCCCAACCCCCAGCCCAGCCCAGCCCAGCCCCAAACCCCACCUAACCCAGCCCAACCCAACCCAGCCUUAG